CUGGACCCAUCAUAACCCAGCCUUUUCUAAAUCAUGGCGCUGAGACAAUUAUUACACCUAAGCUGUUUUGACUGCCUUCUUUAAAACCAAAGUUUGCAAUGGAGGAGUGCUCUUCCGUUGAUUACCUGGGCUCACUGGUCACCCUGUGCAACACGGACAAGUAUCAAUCUAUUUGCAUUAACGACAGAAAGGGGCAUUCCAGCUGCAACGUGACGCUGGGUGACACGUUUUCAGUCGCCGGAGACUUGCAGCACUUUUUCCUCCCUUACGGCACAGUUGCUUGGAUAAGCAAUGUCAUCGGAAUCUGGAUUUGGGUCUGCCUGAUCAACGGCAAGGCUCCCCUCAAUCCCAAUCGAGCUAUUAAAUACAAGGCAUUCGUGUAUACUGGCGGCAUAGUGGACAUGCUCUUUCUGGUACUGACAGCAAUUGUCAGAGUACCUCAACUGAAGGACCGGAACCUCAAGCUCAUUGCCAUUGGGCACGUUGUGGCUGUGGUGAUCAUCCGAUCAAUCGGGCUCUUGGUUAUAUCAGAGAAGAACCCUACGGAUCACAAAGAACCAGAAAAACAGGGUGAUGAGGAUGAAGAGACAAGAGCCGAGGACUUCACAGAAAUGACCAACAAUUACAAGGUUACUCCGCAACCUUCGGCGGAACUCACUCGAUCGACAUCAUCGGGGAGCAGUGUUGUUUCGGUAUCAGAGAAGACCAGCAUUCUGGAACAAAUCACCAGCAAUAUCCCCGGGAUCCACAGAGUAGAAACGCCUUCGACAUCCGUAGAAGCAAGCACGGAAGCCCCGAAGAAGGAGCAAACUGCAGCGGGAGGGUUGUGGAGCUUGUUUCUGGGAAUUAUCGCCUUUUCGCCAGGCCAUGUCAUGAUGUUUUGCGGCGGUAUCGGCAUUGCGAAGCAGAUAUUUGCCACCCACACCAAUACAGAUACCAGACAACAGCGGGAAGUCAGGGACGUCUACAUACUCUUCGCCACGAUCACCGGCAUUGUCAUCAUCGGCAGCAUCGUUGGCGUUGUCACCAACGUCUUCGUAACUGCCACCCAGCUACCACACCAUGAGAGUGCCGAUCACGAGGCAGCGGGGAGAAGGCGAGCUGCCGAAACACAGACCGUGAGGGAGGCUUUCUUUUUGGGCGCACUUAUACUGAGCUGUCUUCUCAGCCUGUGGUGUCAGUAUUUCGUGCUUGCCGCUGCCGCGAGGGACACGCAUGGCAUCGUGCAUAUCGGACAAACUUCAAACCUCAGCCUGGUUUAUCUCAUUUUGUCAAAUCUGUUACUUUUUGCACACUGAGAACCUGGAAUUUGGAAUUAGAGCUGGAAUCAUUGAACAAAGAUAAUAUGGCCUUGAAUUCGGAGUAUUAGUGGCAACGUCCGGAACAGCACCGUACGAAAUAAUGCUGUAGGGACUUGAGUUGCAUAGCAAUGGGAAGUUUUAGACCAUAGUGAAAUUAAAGAAGAACGAGAAUCAGAGAGUUAGAGAAUGGGUCAAUGCACCGACGUUUAUCACAAUAUCCCGGUGGCUAUACCUGGAGUUUGGGCGCGUUCUCGAAUAACUGUACGUGCAAGAGGGAAAUAACCAAGCACAAGCAAUGUCGUAGCUGACAAGAAAUAAUAUGAAUCGAGUACAGUCGGGAUAGGGAAUGACAAAACCACGGUAUAGAAUGUGGAGGGUUCCCCGUCGAGUUCCGAAACGCUGAAGUUUG